UGCUAACAAAUAAGUUGGGACGGAGCAGAGAGAGCUCAUGUGCGAUGCCGGCACCUCUACCUUUGCUCUCGGCCCAGCACAAGAAAAGGUCUGGGCCAGACUGCCCAUUCCAUGCCAUUGUACCGACACGCCACCAUCACAAUCACCAAUGCUUCUCUCCCUGUACGUCAGCUUGCUUGCGCCCGAACUACGUAUGCUCUGGCUGCAUCAUCAGGUUUUCACAAAAAAAUCGGCCAGACUUCUCAAACCAACUUAACUUCAGGGCUCUCUCACCGAAUCAGCCCAACCCAACCCUUCUUUUGCAGCUAGCUAGGAUCAGGCAGGCGGCAGCGGCAUCCAUCACCGGCGGACCAUCAAGGCGCCGUUGUCCAUCCCUGCAUCCACCGGCCAGGGGAUGGCCGAGACCGCCCUCGGCGCCGCACAAUGGGUGGUGCGCAAGGCGCUGGCCCCCGUUGCGGAUGGCGUGCUGGAGGCUUGGGCGGCCAGCAGGACAUUUGGUCUCAACAUCCAGGCCCUCAGAACGGAACUGGAGAAGGUGCAGGCCACACUCGAAAUAGCUGCCACCAAGGAGCUCCCCGGGCUGGCCACGGAGAAGAUGCUGCAGAAGCUGUGGGACUCGGCGCACAAUGCCGAGGACUUGCUGGACGAGCUGGACUACUUCCGCAUCCACGACGAGCUUCAUGGCACGUACGAUGCUGCCGACCAGCACAGCGACGAUGUCCUCCGUGACCUCGCCUGUGAUGCUCGCCACACCAUCAAAGAUCUUGGCAAACUGAUCAACUGUUUCCCAUGGCAGCAUGCCGAGCUCCAGCAGAGGUCACGUGGCAAUUCGUUCUCAGCAUCAGACGCCAACCAGGAGGUCAGCGGAUGCAUGCCCAGCCUCGGUAAACUGCUCCUUUCCUCAUGUUCCCCACAUCCACAUGUUCAUGGUGAUGAAGAUCGUGGCAAUGCGCAAGAAGCACCGAUGCCUGAGUUUAAUAGGGCUGAUUUCUCCCAAAGGAUGAAGGACACUAUAGAGCAACUAAAGCUUAUGCGUAAUGAUGUUAAGGAUAUUCUGCAGACUUGUGGCCCUAGAACUGUCCUAGACAUUGCUCAGCGUCGUGCCGCCACCACACCUCAGAGUGCAGAGCUAAAACUGUAUGGGAGGGACCAUGUCAUGAAUAAUAUGAUACAUGAUAUCACCGAGGGUCAAUACUGUGACAAGGGUCUAACUGUGCUUCCGGUUAUUGGUCCGGGGGGAAUGGGGAAGACAACUAUGAUACAACACAUAUAUAACAACCAACAAGUGCAGAAUCAUUUUCCAGUCAGGAUUUGGAUAUGUGUGUCGUUCAAUUUCAACCUGGGUAAGGUGCUAGAACAGAUUAAAGAAGGUACUCUUACGGUUGAAGGUGAAAAUGGGUGUAGUACAACACAAGAGCUGAUUGAACACAGAUUGAAACACAAAAGGUUCUUACUUGUAUUGGAUGAUAUAUGGCAGUUUAAUGAUGUGGAUGACUGGAAAAAACUAUUAUUGAUACUCGGCAAGUCACAAGAAAAGGGUUCCAUUAUUCUAGUCACAACUCGGCAAAAAGAAAUAGCAGACCAGGUUAAGAAAAGUGCAGAGCCAAAAGAACUGAACGGUUUAGAACCUGGAGAGUUUAAGAAGUUAUUCCUUGUAUAUGUCUUUGAUGUUGAGCAUUGUCCAGGGGAUAAACGUUUUUUGCUUGACACUGGAGAUAAGAUAAUGGGAAAACUAAAGGGCUCCCCUCUUGCAGCAAAGACUGUUGGUAGAUUACUGAGGACAGACCCUAGUUUGGCUCAUUGGAGAAGGGUCCUAAACAGUAAACAAUGGGCGAAACAGACCAAUGGAAUUAUGCUUGCCUUGGAGCUUAGCUAUGGCUUUCUCCCUUUCCAUUUGCAACGGUGUUUUUCCUAUUCUGCAUUAUUUCCUGAAGAUUACCGUUUCAGAAGCCAUGAGCUCAUCAGCCUAUGGAUCGGACUAGAUAUUUUGACACCUUCCGAUCAAAACCCAACCUUUGAAGGCAUAGGUCUGAGCAUAUUGAAUGAUCUAGUCAUCCAUGGAUUUUUCAAAGAAUAUAAAACUGAUGGUGGUCUCCGGUAUGUUAUGCAUGACCUACUGCAUGAGUUGGCAUUGAAGGUUGCAUCACAUGAUUGUCUUCGUUUUCGUCUCCCUGAUGUUGGAUCGGUAGAAAUUAAGCCAUCCACCCUACACUUGUCUAUAAGCAUAGAAAACUUGGGUGAAUACCAUGGUCAAAAAUUAAAGAGGGAAUUGGAAAAAUUGAAGACAAGAUUGAAGGUUGAACAUUUGCAAACACUGAUGUUAUUUGGAGCAAUGGAUGAAGGUUUUGCUAAGAUAUUUGGUGAUUUUCUCAGGGAAGCAAAUGCUCUUCGUGUUCUUUAUUUGCCCCUCCUGAAGUAUCCCGUGGAGUCCAUGGUACAUAAUUUUUCAGGACUUGUCCACCUACGAUUCCUAUGUCUAGGGUGUUUACCAAUUAACAUCUCUAAAUUUUAUCAUCUAAGGGUUCUAGAUCUUAAGUCAUGGUCUGGCAGUGGUGAUUUUCCUGAAGACACGAGCAACCUUGCAAAAUUGUGCCAUUAUUAUACCCCAAGAGAUGAUAAGCUUCAUUAUGAUAUCUGUAAUGUGGGAAAACUUCAGCUCUUGGAAAAGUUGAAGGUAUUUCGGGUCAAUAAAAAAAAUAAAGGAUUUGAACCAAAGCAACUAGAGCCAUUGACCAAGCUAUGGGAGCUUGGCAUCUACAACCUUGAGAAAAUACAUACAAAAAAAGAAGCAGCUCAAGCAAAACUGAUUGAGAAAAAAUACUUGAGGAGGUUAACAUUGGAUUGGGAUAGUAAGCGAUCUAGUGAUGAGCCUGGUGUGGAAACAAUGGUUCUUGAGUGCCUUCGACCACAUGAAAAUCUUGAAGUGUUGUGCAUUAGAGGGCACAGAGGCCCCACUUGUCCAACAUGGCUGGGUGAUGAGCUUGCUGUUGAAGCCCUACAAUCUCUUUGUCUUGAUGGUGUUUCUUGGAAGGUCUUCCCUUCUUUACGGAACAUGGGGGAUCUUUGUGAGCUUGAGAUACAAGACUGUCCAGAAUUCUCGUCCGUGAUUCCCACCUCCUGGGUUGAGAGUUUGCGUCGCGUCACGAUUGAAUGUGUCAAGCUACUAAAGAGGUUUGCAUACUCAAAAUCAUCAAAUGGAGCACAACUGGAAAUCAUUGGAUGGGGUGAUCUGCAAAGCUUAGACCAAGUGUUAGUUUUCGAUAAAGAAACAGGUCUUCAGAAGCUGACACUCGAGAGAUGCCCACCUUUGGAGUUGAAGCACCUUCUGAUGCUAACCUCGCUGAAGACACUGAUUGUAAGGCAUUCAGCUGGUCUGGCUGGUCUGGCUGGACCACUAGGAGGUCUGGGUGAUGUGGAAUGGCAGCUCCCUGUUGAGCACAUUGAGAUCUGCCACUUAAAUGGUAAUAGUUGGAAUGAAUUGACAGAGCUCUUCCCACACCUCCCAAAGCUCUCCAAAUUGGAGAUACGGGAUUGUAAAAAUAUAAAACAGCUGGUAGUGGGGGUAGAUUUGCGACAAACAGCAUCAGAUAUGGGGGGAGGUGAAAUAACAGCAGCAACAGAGGAAGAGGAUGAUGGGGUGCUGCUCUUCCCAUCUCAUCUCUGUGACUCACUACAGAAAUUGAAGUUCCUUUUCUGCCCAGAGCUGGUCCUGGUGGACUCGCCAACUCUUGUUCCUGGAGGAGGAUGGCUCCAAGCCUUGCGAUCCCUCCAGAGAUUAAGCAUAAAGUAUUGCCCAAAGUUUCUAUCCGCCUUCUCGUUUUCCAGUCACAUUUUCCCUUCCUCCCUGCAAUUCCUGGAGCUUACGAAAUUAGAAGGGAUGGUGACACUAGAGCCUCUCUCAAACCUUUCUUCUCUUACCAGAUUAGUAUUGGAAUUUUGUGGAAAGGAUCUGAAAUGUCAGGGAUUGCAGUCUCUCCUUACCACCGGGGGCCAGCUCAACGAAUUGGAAGUCAGGGGCAGCCAUAUAUUCUUUGCUAAUUGGGAUCCAAAUCCCAGACGGGCUUUGGAGGAUGCUGAAGGAGGAGAAGAGCAGCCAACACAGCUUGUUUCAUCCACACUGCGGAAGCUUUGCACAGAUGAUGCAGCAGGACUCCUUGCUGCACCCAUCUGCAGCUUCCUUUCUUCCUCUCUCACCAAGCUGAAACUUCAUGGGUAUGGGCAUGAAGGGUUGGAGCACUUCAGCAAGGAGCAAGAGGAUGCCCUUCAGCUUCUCUCCUCCCUCCAGAAACUUGAGUUUAGGCAUUUCCGCCAUCUUCAGCAAAUCCCUGCAGGGCUGUGCAACCUUACCAGCCUCAAGAUGUUAUCAAUCAACCACUGUCCUGCCGUCUCGUCAUUGCCCAGCGAUGGCCUCCCCAAAUCACUGGAAAAGCUAGAUGUCUACGACUGCAGCGAGGUGCUAAAACGGCAGUGCAGGUGGAUGUUGGGAACCAUCCCGAAAAUCAUAAGAGGAUGAUCCAAGGACAACGCCUUGGAGUUCCCUUGUACAUUCUUCUAGCCCUGUAGUGCUCUGCUCUUUCCAUACAUACACACUUGCCACAUGCGUGGCAUGAGGGUCUUGUGGACGCUGUCUUCCUUCCUGUACAAAUUAUCCGGUGUUCGUUCGAUCUUGUAGGCUUCUUCAUAUUUGCAUUUUAAAUUUGGGUUAUUGUUAUUCAUCAAGACGCUGUAGUCUACUUGCAUAGUUUGGGUUUCACAAUCAGAAUUGUGGAAUAAAUGAGAAUAUGAGUCAAGAACUGAAGAAACUCAUAUUAAGGUCAUCUUGUGCUUCUGAUGGCUUUCUGCUACUUUGCUAUUAGUACCACUUGUGUUUAUAGUUCUCCAAAGCUCAUGAAGACUUGAUGGUGUAUCUGGAAAGUUCAGUUUGAUGUUCAAAAGGUCAUCAUGGCAUAAUUAUGGAAAGCACUCAGUUCUCAGUGUUUUGCCACCGAUAAGUGUCUUUUAAGAUUUCAGAAGAUCUCUUCUUUCCAAGGACUACAUGUCACCACAGACUGGCAGAGCUGCACAUGCAGUCUGGGGAAUCAUUUGUGCAUUUGACGUGAUACAGCAUGGGCCACUGCAACUACGAAUUGGUCCCUAAUUGGUCUGCAAAUGGAUUCUCCCUCUGAAGUGUCUCAUGCAUAUACAGCAGUGUCAAUCUCCUUGGGAGCAACAGAUUGAGUUGGGGAAACCGGGAAUGGUGUCAAACUGCAUGUGCACCAAUCAAAUUCCAUCCUAAGCAUAUACUGGUCGCUCAGAAGUUGCUGCUGUCAUUGCCAAUAGCAUCCCCCAAGGCACAGAUCAAGUAGUUGUUGCAAGAAAUAUUUCGAAGGUGGCCCGUGCUGUGGCUGCCGCAUUGUUCAAGAAAAAUAGCACGGUCUUGAGCCCCAAAUACCGGAAGAUGCUGCUGACAACUCGCGCUGCAAAGGUAAGAAGGAGAUUAUGCUCUGAGUAGAGGGGUAAUGUAAUCGGCUAGCAGAAUGGCUGGUAAAAAGUUACAGCUGUGAGUAAUUGGAGAAGGCUUAGAUGCUGCUGAAAUGUUGAGGGCACUGAAAGGAACCGGAUGUAUGACGCUGCUCACGGAGGUAUGCAAGGACUGCUAUACACACCUACUUGACGUCUCCGGCAGCGGGUGUACCUAAAUACUGCACAGAGUUGAAUGAUGCGAGAAUUGGCUGCCAAGGAGGGGGAGGGGGUCAUGAAUUGGCUUGCACAACAGGUCCGGGGGUUAGUGGUUAUGCAGUUAUAUGCUGGCUGGAGCCAUGCCAAAGAAGAUGGAAGCAGAGACAUUGGCUAUGCUAGGUGGUGGUAUAUCCGAAGCCUGACGCCUUGUGAUGUCGCUCAGACUUGAGUUGUCGCCCGUGAUUAAUGGUCAGCUCAGCUUGUUCUUCCCAAUUAACAAAGGAAUGUUGCUCUCAAAGUCUUGCCGUUGAACUCCCAUUCCAUGCGCGCACUCCUGGCGCCUGCUUACUGGAGCACGACAGAUGUGCCGCAGCCGCUGCGCUGAAGAUAAACUGUUCUUCCUUGUCCACACAGUCAUAAUAAUCCUGGGACUUUGUAAUUAAACCGUUCUUCCUUAUCCAUGCUGCUGGCAGAAGCGUAGCGUGCGGCCAGGAACCAGACUGCAUCUUCUGAAGAAAUCUACACUUGUCAUGUUGUUAACUGAAGAAACCGACACUUUUCAUCUUGUUAACUGAAGAAGCCGACGCUUCUCAUGCUGUUAACUAAAUGAAAUCGACGCCAGCAGUCGGUUGGCACCAAACCGGCGGGCUCAUCAUCGACCAUCUGAUCUUCAUUUGACGGCAACUUAGGCUUGUACGAGAAAAGGACUCUGAAGACUGGAGCCGUCGCUAUUUGAAUUACCUUUAUUACUGUCUCCUUGUUCACCUGCUUUACUUUAGCGUUGAAGUUAAGGAAUACAUUUCACUGGUUGUAAUGGGUAUAAAACCAAACCCGGAUCUAUCUGAGAGCCCUGGAUCUCAUCUUCCUGUACCUGGGGUAAACCCUAGCUGUCAUGUCAUGGCUGGCGCAAGCGCGCGUCCUUAAUUCGCUAU